AUAAACCUCCCUGCCUAAUGAACAAAUCCCCACGCAAAGGCCAACCAUGAGCUGCUUAACCAAUUUCCAGUUCUCCUCCAUCCUCUUCACCAUCCUUUUCAUCUCCACCCAUGCAGCGCUUUUCGAAAUCCGCAACGAGUGCUCCUACACUGUCUGGGCUGCAGCCUCUCCUGGUGGUGGGCGUCGCCUAGACCCUUGGCAAAGUUGGACCAUCAACGUGCCUGCUGGUACGGCCAUGGCUCGUAUCUGGGGUCGAACCAACUGCAAUUUUGAUGGCAGUGGUAAGGGUCACUGCAAAACUGGUGACUGCGGCGGACUCCUAGAGUGCCGAGGCUGGGGUGCUCCUCCAAACACCCUGGCCGAAUAUGCCCUUAACCAAUUUGGCAACAUGGAUUUCUAUGAUAUUUCCCUAGUUGAUGGAUUUAAUAUCCCCAUGGUGUUUGGUCCAACUAGCGGUGGUUGUCACAACAUUUGGUGCACUGCAGACAUUAACGGGCAGUGCCCCAAUGAACUAAGGGCUCCGGGUGGGUGUAAUAACCCAUGCACAGUGUUUAAGACUAAUGAAUUUUGUUGCACGCAAGGGUACGGGACCUGCGGGCCGACCGAUUUCUCAAGGUUCUUCAAGAGUAGGUGUCCUGAUUCUUACAGUUAUCCGCAGGAUGAUCCAUCAAGCACGUUUACUUGCGCUGGUGGUGCCAAUUACAGGGUUGUAUUUUGCCCGAGAGGCUCUCCUCAUCUGGAGAUGGUUGGAAGCAAGAGCCAAGAGUGAGGAUCUUGGACAGCUGGAUUGCGCUGCCUCCGUGCUUGGGUAUAUGAAUAAAAGUUUUUGUCUUGACAAAUGAUAAUGAAUGUGUCGUGUUUGUACUUGCCUUGUUCCUUAUGUGUUUUGUUUUGGUACACUAGAUGUAUUUGAAACUUUCUAAGCUAUAAAAUAUUUCAUGACAUUUGAAAGCUGCGAGGAA